AUGGUGGCCCCAUCUCCGUACCGUACCGCAAUCAUUGAUUGUGUCAAAAGCGGAAUGACAAAUUCAGAGAUCGUUAAAAAGCUGAAAGUGUCUCGUGUUCUCGUUUUUCGAAGUGCACAACGCUAUCGGCGUCUCGGUACUUCAGAUGACAUGCAAAGAAGGGGACGUCCAGUCACCGUCACGACUCCAGAAGCAGUCAAAGCUCAAGAGUGGUGUCGCGCCAAUUUUCCCGAGUUCAUCUCGGCUGCUGAUUGGCCUGCUUCCUCGCUCGACCUCAACCCGAUGGACUAUGCCGUGUGGAUAUAUCUGACCGAGAAGGUCUCUUCUAAGAACUACCCAAGUAUCAAAGCUCUGAAGACCGCGCUCAUCAAGAAAUGGGACGAAAUCGACGACGACUACCUUCGUGACGUGAUCGAUGCGUAUCCGAAGAGACUGAAGGCCGUUAUCAAACGUUUUGAAAACUAUUUUUGAAUUUUGUUUCUAUAUUGUAUGAAUAAAAUUUGUUCCAAGUUUGGUGGUGUUUGGUUGACUUUUGAGAAAGUUAUAACGUUUCAAACGCGUUUCAAUAUUUAUUGCCCACCCUGUGGUUUAAAAAUUGGAUUGUUUAAUUUGUUUUGAUUUAUUGAUUUCAACCAAUAGAGGUUGAACUUUUGAACGAUUUUGUGUACGUUUUUCGCAUAUGAGGGCUAAUUCUAAACGAGUGCGCCACAUAAAUUGGACAAUCGAAAAGAGAGAGGCCAACGGUACCGGUUGGUGGGCAGAAGCGCACGUAAUUCGGCUCUGGAGAGACGCCAAUGGUAAGCAGACUGGCCGUUGAUGCAAUUUCCGUCUUCAAAAUGCCAGCAACUCUAUUAAUUGUUCUCUUAUUUUGAUGCCCGAUUUGCCUUUUGCUUUUGAUCGUUGCGUAACUGUCCGACGAAUUGCCGAAGUAAACUUUGGAGCGCAUCGCUCUAUAAAAGGCUUCAGUCGGCGGGUUUUGGCUCAAUUAAGAAGAAAACUUUGUCCGUGAGUUUGAAUUAUUGCUGUCCAUUUUUUCAUUGUAUCAUAAAACUUUGUUCAACUUUCUCAUAGCCAUGGCCUUCAAAAAACCAGAAAACUGUUCGAUUUCUAUUCAUAUCAUUCCAUUUUUCAUUAUUUCAAUUCGUCGCUCACUUAAACCAGAAAAUUUAUAACUCUUUUACAUCUCGAUUCCGCUGGAAAAAACCUUUUCUUUUGACUAGGAAGUUUUUGGACUUUUUCACUUUCUCAACAUUUUUUGACCUUUCUGUUCAUUCACUUUGUUUUUAUUGAAGUUCACCCUCAAGCUUCAUUUGUUAUUUCUGAAGGUUGUUUCUCUGUUUUUCCCAAAAGAUAUGAGUUGAUGGGAAUAUCAGAGCUUCAAAAGAAUUUUUUUGAGGCGCAGAAAUUUAUUGAUUUGUUCUUGAAAAUUAACUAUUCAAACAAGAAGCUCAGCUGGAAACUAGAAAUAUUUUAGUGCUCUGAAAACUGGAUGAGAUAAUUAUUGGGGAAUUUCUGGCACGGAAAAGGAAGUACUGACAGAAAAGAUACGAAAAAACGCGACUUUGGUCAUAAAAUUUUUGUAAGAAAUUCAAUCUUCCUGAAAUUUUUGAAGCUACCUUUUUUUCUGUGAAUUUAAACAUCAUCAGAGUGUUAAAAAUAACAUUCUUUACAACUCCAAGAAGUUUCAGAAAGAUAGAAUUCCCUACAAGAAAGUUGGGACCGGAACCCUCGUUUUUUAGUGUCUUUUCUGACGGUUCUGUAUGUAGCUAUUGAGUAACCAGCAUAAUUAAAAAUGUUCUGGGACAUUGAAGACUUCAAGAAUUUUUUUAUAUUUAUUUUUAAUUAUAUAUAAAACAAAUUUCAGCAGCAUACAGCGCAGAAAAACCAAAAAUCGAGGCAGAAUGUAGUUUUCUUCUUUUUUUCAUCCUGGCAAAAACUCUAAUAACGUUCAUAUUCGCACCAAAUUUGUACAAAUCCAAUUGGUCUGAGUAUGGUCAAAAAGUCAGUGACGCGCCGCGUUUUUAGCAAUGUUCUCCUUCAAUAAACAACCGAUUCAAGUGGUUUGAGAAGCUUAUUAAGGCUAGUUGGCGUACUCACUCGGCGCACAUCUGGAUUUGGCGUUUGUCCACUUUGCCUCACUUCUUUCUUUUCCACUUCCGAUCAGCUUUUUAUCAUCUCUCGAAUAAUUUUGUCUUGAUUGAAUGAGCUUUUUUUUUGGUCACUGUUCUGUGCAAUAAAAAGGUUUUUUUUUUAGGAAGUUAGUUCUUUUUUGAACUUCAUAUUAAGCUAAAAUAAGCUUAAAAAGAUCAAGCGUUCGAUUUGAAAAUAGGAAAAAAAAUUGAACGCUCGUUUACAAAGAUUAUCUUGAGCUCAUAGAAAAAAUCAUCUAUACUCCUCAGAAAGCCAUCUGAGACGUAAAUCUCAUAAUUGAUUGAAUUUUUGUUGAAUCCCAGUGGAAAACACUCGGAAGCAAACAUUUUUUUAGCCAUUCCUGUUACUUUACCUACUACAAAAUGAACCAGAUCUGCUAUAAACGAAAGAAAAAAAUCAAAAAAAGUUUUUUACUCUAGUCUAAAAAAACUCGAGAAUAAAAAUCUCACUUCACGAAUUCCAUCCUCAUUGCUUCACCUACCAGUAAAUAACCUAUGAAAUGACCUUUGAAUUUUCGGCGCAACCUCAGAUGUUCCGGUCGGAUGUUCUCAUUUUCCAGUCUUUCAUAUUUCCGCCUCAUUUCUUCUCACCCUUCCGCGAUGGCAAUAAUAAUUGAGCUAGAAAAAACUUCACUGUUUCAUGCCACUGUAUUUCACUUGCAUUUUUCUUUAUUCUCAAUCCUCCGCCAGCUCAGAAAUGAAGAACUGAUGCAAAUUUGAAUUUUUUGCUGCUGUGAAAGUCCUUAUCGAGUAUUUUCUCAAACCAGCUGUAGAACAGUUAUAUCUACUGUUUUUGCAGUCUUUUAAGAAUUAGUUGGUUAAAAAAGCAGUUAUUCAUAGAUUCAAAGCUUUGGUUCAAAACUACUUGGAUCUCAAAUUUUUUUUCUUUCUUUAAUUUUUUCAGUCUUGCUCUUUUCUUCACCUGUUAAUAAUAUUGAUUUCACUAUCUAUUUCGUUUCGUUCUGUCCCUUUUGAGCUAUUUUCCUUUAAAAUGAUACAAAAACACUUAAGGAGCCCCUUCAUCUAAACUGUCAGCACAUGUUCAAGUGAUGACAAAUCGUUUUAUAUUUUUGAUCGUCAUUUCGACCAGCUUUAGUUUUCAAGCAACCGACUUUGAAAAUGCUCGGGUUAUGGGUAAGAUCUUCCGAUUAUCAUUUUUCAGUUAUUAUAUCCAUUUUUAUUUCAGGCGUGCCUCAGAUAACUUGCUCAAAGAAGAGUAUUUCUGUAAAUAUUGACACGAAUAUCCCGUUUCAAGGAAGAAUAACGGUUGAAUGAAGUUUUUAUUUUUGGAGGGCAAAAAAGGAUUGCAGACAGUAAAUCGAGUUUACGUUCCCGACUGUAAUGAAGAUUAUUCAACGAAUAUCCAGAAGAACGCGUCUUUUAAAUUGGAUAUCUCACGGUGUACAGACGUUCUUUACCUCAAGGUCUGUCAGUUCACAACCAAAAAAGAACUCUUUCGACAAAAUAAUCUCAGGAAAAUCCGUUGUGUUAUUUUAGGAAACUUGAAAUUUUCAGUUAUGGUAGUUGGAAGAUCAAGGUUCCAAUAAACUCAAACAAUCCUCAAGUAUCCCUUGAAUGGUCAAAUCACAAUAAACAAGAAAAACACAACUCUUAUGUAAUAUUUAUUGUUCUGAUGGGAGUAAUUGAAGAAUGGUUCGCGUGUUCUGACGGCUUACGUGGAAAUCGGGUUCCAUCCACUUGUCAUAACCAACAGUGACCGCAUCUACGCCGUCGAAUGCCUCGACAAUACGGCGCCGCCUGCACUCAGCGUCCCGACGCCGGAAGACUAGUGAGUUCAAUAGAAAAAGUUUGAGGGUUAUUACAUUUUUGGGAAGGUCUCUCGGCUCAGUUUAAAAAGAACACUCUAAGUACAAAUCAAUGAAAAAACCAGCACUUUUUGUUUUUUGGUCAAAAAAAAAUCGAAAUUUUCCUCAGGCUCUUUUGUUAUUUCUUUAUAAGGCACAAAGUCGACUCUGAACUUGUCGUGGUUUAUUUUUCUCACAAAACCAAGAUUUUGAUUUUUCUUUUUAUAGAAGUUACUUCAGUUUUUGUAGGAAGAUGUUUGUGUUUUUUCGGUUCUCUGCAGUAUCUGAAGUUGCGAAAGAUAAUGAGCAAAAAACCAUGAAGGUCUUUUCUUUUUUUCAAACUGGGAAUUGCUUUAUGAUCUAAUUUCCCCUACACUAAACAAGAUUUUUUUUCCAUAAGUCUCUCUGUAGAUUUUUUUAGGUCAUACACAUCCAACCAUGCUUUAAAAGAGACUGAAAGAACUACAAAAUUUUUUUUGCAAUCCAAAACCAUUGCAAAAACGGCCAGUAUAUUGUCAACGUAAAAAAAAGUGUCAUUAUUAUUUUUGCAGCAACUGUACACAUUUGGUACGAAUGGCUUCAAAAUGGGAAAGCGUGUCCGACUUCCAAGUCGGCGAUGCCAUAGUUCAUGAGUGGAGCUGCACGAUCCCGAACAAAGGUAUAUUGAUAAUUAUUCGAGUACAGCAGCAGCGUUUCAUAAUGUUAUUGAUACUUUUUGUGCAAAAAAUAGUUGAGUCAUUGUUUGAUCAAGACAAUUCAAAUCGGAAGCAAAAUCUGGCAAACAAGUAUUAAUUUUCUGAAAUUAUUGGGAUACUACUCAUAUUGACACAUUUUCAUUUUUUGUUGGCUUGAAAAGAAGUUUUACAGAGCUCGGGAAAACUCAAAUGUUCCUGACCAGUUGCAACGCAGUUUCACAAAAUGGAAACGUCAUUCAUUUGAUUGACGAGACCGGGUUCCAAGCUCUAAAUUUCUUUUCAUAUUAAUUCUUGGAAGAUUCCAGAUGUGUCAUUGAUUCCGAACUGAUGGGCGAUGUUGUUUAUAAUGCGUUUGUUCCGAAAUUGUAUUCGAGAGCAAAAAUCUUCAAACUAUUGACCGAUGAAAAGUGAGUCUUUUUGUAAUUAUUUUGUUUUCUAUUUCGAGGCAAGGUUCCGCAUAGAGUGCUCUUUGGAAUUCUGCCACAAAAACUCUGCCUGCAAGGAUCGCGCGUUUGUAAGUGUCGUCAACAUUCCGAACAAAAUAUUUAUGUUCAUGCAGCCCCCCAAAUGUGCCUUCACAAGGGAGGAAAUACUGAAGAGAUUUGCGGAGGAGCGAUCGGAAAACGACGGCGUCAACACAAUUCAGCAAGGCAUCAGCCAAAUCUCUGAAACUUUGCCAAGAGCUAUUUUAGGCACACCUGUGUUCGGUUACGACCGAAGGGUUCGCGUUAGCACUGAUUGGCUGACUGUUAAACACAACCAAUACACCAGUGUGAAUCAAAUAAACGAACGUAAAACAACAAGAAACUUUUCGGAAGUUUCGAAAAAUUGUUAAGGUUAUCGAUUGCUCACCACCAUGGAUCCCAACUUCAAAGAGGACGUUUCCGCGCCAGUCGAUCAUUUCCUUAUGUCAAUUUCAUAUAGGUAAGCAAAGCCACAAAAACUUUCCUGAAUUUAUGGAAAUCCCAACUUUACGACCUUUCCUUGUUCUUGCAGAGACCAAGCGAAACCAAAAAAACGAGAUAAGGCUGCCGAAAGUCAGAAGAUUGAAGCCGCUCGGAGCCUUCAAAGCGUAGCUCAACCUAUUUUGAGUCCAGCUGUCGUGAAUAAAAACCUCAACGUUCACUUCAAUCUUUCACUUCAGGAAUCGGAAGAAGAUUUCAUCGAAUCCAUCACGUCCAGCAGCAAACACGUCGAAACUCUAGAAAUAACAGAGAACAAGUUGUUCAAACCAAUUGUGGAUCUAUCCAAGUUGGGUCCGGAGAAAAAGCUGAUUGAAAAAGACCCUUCAUCAACUGUUGUGCCAACAAUUUCUGUUACCAAUUCUACUGUUUCUCCCCCUACAACUUCGACAGGGAAAUCCACUAGCCCUAGCAGAAUGGCAGAGGAAAAGCCGCUCACAUCCGCCAAACAGUAAGACUUGUUUUCAUGAAGUAGCUUUUACCAUUAACUUAGGGGCAGCAAUCUAAAAAAGAAGAAGAAAGAAAGUGUCCCUGUUUUCGGCACCAUUACUGAACAAGUCCGAGGCAACGCUCAACCUGAAAAGUUAACGCGACAAUCCACUGAUAGCAGUCAGUUCGAAAACGCUCGACCUCCAGAAAGACCUCACAACAGUCCUGCUCAAAUUCACUUCUAUACCGAUGCAACAAAGUUUUUCAUUUUCAUUUUAGCUCUGAAAUCAUACUUUCCCCAGAAAAUUUACAAGAACGACACCUUAUAGUUCACGGAAAAUGACAACUGCGCCUCCAAAGAUUACAUCGUCUGAAGUAAAAACUCUUGACCUUUCUCUUUGAAAGAAACCCGAUAUGUUAAGAAAACCACGGACUUGCCGUUCAAAGUACAAGAUACAACUUUUAUGCAGCUGGUUCGAGAGGAAAAAAAACAUGGUCAUCAACCACGUAAGUUUUGAGCCAUUUGAGGAUGAGGAUUUUUUCAAUUAUUCAACAUGAAAAAUAAGGAAAAAGUCUAGGAAAAAGUUGGUUGUACGAACUCCCUUGCGUUUAUAGGACAUUGAAAUAAGUCUGCAUUUUUUUCAAAUGUUUGGUUUGAACUAGAGAAAGGAUUUAAAAACCUUAAUUACUCAAAAGCUCAAAUUUUAAGAAAAGAAGCUUCAAUGUUUUAUUAAUUUGUCCUGGAAAAGUACGCGAUCUUCACUUUGUGAGCAUUGGAGCGUUCCAAAUAAGCUUCACGCUGAUUUUUAAAGUUACUUUUGAGCGGAAAAAUUUUUCACACGCGCUAAAUAUAAUUUUCCUCAAGAUAUUUGACCGCUUUUUAGAAAACCAAAAGAUCAAGGUUUCUUAUCAGGAAGCAGAAUGGCGAACAAUGGAGCUGAUUGGCGUCUGGAUGACGUGGCCUUGAACGACACUGAAGUGACCCCUGAGAAACAAGUUUCCUGCGCUAACGCUACAAUCAUUUCGGUUAGGCAGAUUCCAGAAAGUUUGCGAAGACGUAAAAAAAGAUUUUUGGCUAAUUUUCGACAGUUUUCUUGCUUUCUGAAAAAUUUUUAUGUAGUUGAGAGAUACAUAAAUGAGACAUUUUUUGAAAAUUUUCAGGGGCAGCCGCUCUGCCGUUGGUCUGGCGUUGAGCAUCUCCUUCUGAUCUGGUCUUUCGCCUCGUUGCUCGUUUGGAUGGUGAUGAUCGCCGUCUGUUUCUACCGUCAUUCGAGCCGAAAACCUCGGUGGAUGACUUUCAGGUCGGAGUUUCAAAACUUCGAAAAGUUUAUGAAACAUUGAAAAAACUGCUUCAAUUCAGAAUUCAUUCAACGAUCAAAAAAUAAUAGUCCAUUUUUUGAUAAUAGAACUUUUUACAGUUUUUUUGUCUUUUGAGUAUUUUUGAGUUAGCUGAAGCUAAUUACGCCUCUCGAAAUCACGAAAGAUUUUAGGUUUCCAAUAUUCUGCUGGGCGAAAUCUCCCACUGUGAAGCUAUAAAUUUCGCAUUUCCGUGAAUUUAUUCAAAAAAAUCUUGAGACAUUCAAAAGUGAGACAACUUUAUUCGUAAUAAAAUCUUUUCCGUUCUUUCGGAAACGAAUCUUCACACUUUCCGUUUGCAAUGGAAAGCUUUGAAUGAUUGAACUGUUUCAGAUUUAUUUUCCAGGCUUUCCUUGAGUUAACGAUUCGUAAGCAAUAUCGAGAGUCGAGUCUCUUUUGCAAAUCUGAACAAAAUCGAGGAAAUUACAAGAACUUCAUCGAGUUUAUCGCUUUUCGGAAUUAUCUUCGAAGUUAAAAAUCCAAUCGUUUGAUUUCUGAUCUCUUGUUAGGGGUUAGAGGUCAACUAUUGGUUUUUUUCUGUUUUCCAUAGACGCAACCAUGAAAAGGUCAAUUUGCAAUGGGGGUGUUUUCCACGCAGACAAACAGAUCAGAAACCAAUCUUUGAAAGUUAUUUCAGUGUCAAUAGUCUAUUUAUAGAUAUUGCAGAGAGCAGGAGCUGAAGCGAGCAACGCAGUCGCGCGUUCUUCAGCACGAGCAUCCGUGGCUCCACGCCGACGCUUUCGAAGAACGCAACCGUGGAAAACACGAGCUCGACAUCAACAAAUUCUGA